AUGGAGGAAUACGCUCGUGAGCCGUGUCCGUGGCGUAUAGUCGACGACUGCGGCGGCGCCUUCACUAUGGGAGCCAUCGGUGGAUCUGUUUUCCAGGCCAUCCGCGGCUUCCGUAACGCACCCCAAGGGGUGAACCGACGACUGGCCGGCUCGUGGUCUGCCAUCAGGACCCGCGCCCCCGUCAUCGGCGGUAACUUUGCCGUCUGGGGCGGACUCUUCAGCACAAUUGACUGCACACUCGUCCACAUCCGCAAGAAGGAGGACCCGUGGAAUAGUAUCACUUCCGGCGCUCUCACCGGCGCUAUACUCGCCGUACGGAACGGCACGGGAGCUAUGGUCGGCUCGGCU